AAACAUCUGGGAAAGUAACGACAGUGAUGUGGACGCUUGUGAUCGGAAAAAGCAACAAAUUUCAUCUCAGCCUCUGAAUUAAAUAUUCAUAUUCAACAACAUUUUUGUGAGCAAAAACAAAACAUCACCUCAUUGGGAGCAGCUCUACUGAAGUCUAAGAAUAAGUGAAGCCCACGGUUGCUUCUAUCUGACAAGAAGUCACUAAGGCAGAUGAUGAGCCAGCCGGGCCUUGGGCUUCUAAGGGCCCUCCUGGUCUUGUUAGGACUUACUUCACUCUGUAGUUUUGCUGAAACAAAAGAUCGGUGGAGUCAGAGACAUACAGAUCACUUGUCAAUGCACAGACAAAGACGACAUAUGGGAAAAGAGGGACAGGUGCUUCAAAGGUCAAAACGUGGAUGGGUCUGGAAUCAGUUCUUUGUCAUUGAAGAGUACACUGGACCUGACCCUGUUCUGGUGGGCAGGCUUCAUUCAGAUGUAGACUCAGGUGACGGUAACAUCAAGUACAUCCUUUCUGGUGAGGGUGCUGGGACCAUUUUUGUUAUUGAUGACAAAACGGGCAACAUCCACGCCACAAAAACCUUAGACCGCGAGGAGCAGGCCCAGUACACCUUAACAGCACAGGCAGUGGCCAGAGACACCAACAAGCCCCUGGAACCUCCGUCUGAAUUUAUAGUAAAAGUGCAGGACAUAAACGACAAUCCUCCUGAAUUUCUGCACGGCCCGUAUUACGCCAGGGUUCCUGAGAUGUCCAAUGUUGGUACGUCAGUGAUGCAAGUGACUGCUACAGAUGCUGAUGAUCCCACGUAUGGCAACAGUGCCAGACUGGUGUACAGCAUACUACAAGGACAGCCAUAUUUCUCCGUGGAGCCUCAAACAGGCAUGUACCUCCAAGAGCUCAAUGUAGUAUCGUUAAAAAACAUGACAAAGACUACCCACUAUGCAAGACGGAAGGUUUAGCUGCGGCUAUAGCUAUCAGGGGUAAUGAGUACUACAUCUACUUUAAUGAUCGUUUAACUUGAUUUUUAAAUGGGUAAAGAGGUGUUCGAGGAAUCAACAUAAUGCACUGUAAGACAAAAAUAAAUCAAAUGUAAGACAAAAAAUAAAAUAAAAACAAAAAUCCAAAAUAAAUUCUUAUAUCAGAUAUAUUUAUUGUUUAAGUGUGCUGUAUAAAUUCCAGUCCAAGAGUUAAUGUUAGGGUAAGAACUGUUCCCUUAAAUUGGUGUGGAAAGAAGAUACAAUAUUAGUCUGAAAUAAAAACCCUUGGCUGAGAAAUGUGAGUGAGAAAUGUCAGUACGAAUAUUAAGCUGAGCUGCCUGCACUAAGUUUAUCAAAAAAUAGAAGAAUUGGUUUACUGUGAACAAAUAUAACUCAGUUCUUGGGAAAAGGGAGUCAUGAAUAAUCAAAUCACUUCUGGGAAAUUCACUGACUUUAAAUCCACAUUUCACACCCCUAAAAAAAGGGCUUCUUUUGGUGGAUAUC